UCUUUGUUUUAAAUUUUAUUAACUCGGUGAUUGAAUAGAAAAGAAGAGAAAGUUUGUUUUAAUCAAUUUAUAAGUUACAAAGACAAGAUCAAUUGCUAAGCAAUCGAUAUGGAUACGGCACAAAUCUUAAACAAAAACUGUGCGGUAGAUUGCUCGUCGCUCACACCUUUAAAGCCUAGAUUAAGAAGAUUUGUGGAUAUUUACUCGCCAGAACAUCUCAAUUUAUCUCCGAAACCUAAACGACAGUUUAGUGCUGCAGUGACUGUAAAUGAAAACCGUGAUUUCUUUACACCUGUCAAGUGCUUGGAUAUUGACAACAAAUGCAGGACCGUCAAAGCUUCACAGAAAUUUACCAAUGUUUGGAACAAUUGCUCUUUUGAGGGCAAUCAGAGCUUUCCACGCCUGAAACGCCGUGUGAGACCCAUCAAAAUGGAGUUAGAAACACCCACUAAACUUAAACAACCUGUUGAUUUAGUGAGAGUGGAUGGUCCAAAUGGUCUCCGAUUCAACACAUCCAUAGCAGCUGGUGAUGUGACAGGCUCUCCAGCACCAUCACAAACUGACCGCAUUCAACAGAACAUCAAUAGUAAGGCUGUGUUCACUAUCGAACCAAAUAGUUCUAAGAUUCUUAUAGUGAACAACAAAGCAUGUUCCCUACUUGGCUAUUCGUCAGGGGAGUUGUGCGAUUUGCAUUUUUCGGAUUUGCUUCAUAACAGAAAUCGAAAAAAGUUCAAUUUACAUGGAGCUGAAGAUGGGGAUACAUCUGAAGAUGGUACUGUUGUUUUGCUUAGUGGAAAAGUGGUAGAACUUCUGUCCAAAGAUGGUAAUGCCGUUCAAGUAUCAUUAUGGAUAAGACAGCUGGACAGUGAUGGUCCAUGUCUUGUGGUUGCUGAGCCUGUCAGCUGUAAAAAUGUAUUAUUCACAGUAGAAGCAGACACGGGUACUAUCAUUUCCUGCGAAGGUGCUGACGCAGGAUUGCUGUUCCAAGCUGAAACAUCGGACAAAUUGGUUGGAUUGGCCAUCUCUUCUCUCAUACCUUCUAUACAGAUGCCACCCUAUGAUGUCGCCAUACCGAAGAACUUGUCAAAACAGAAAGCUACUGGUAGAACAUUGGAUGGGGGUUCCUUUCCAUUGUGCUUGUGGUUAUCCAAACCAAAUUCUGGUUUGACAACAGUAAAAGGCAAUAAAGAGAAACCGUUAUUUGAAGUUAAUGUUAGGGUAACAUACAACGUAAGUGGCUUAUUAGUAGUCGACGAAGGCGGUAUCAUCACCGCCUGCAACCAACAUUUCUCCAUGCUGACAUUUGGCAAACCUCAGUCUGAAGUAAUAGGCCAUCACAUUGAGGAUGUCAUACAGAACUUCUGUAGGGAAGCUGACUUGGUCAAGAUGCAGGAGAACAAUAGGAAUAUGACAUUAUCACCUGUUAAUAAUGAGGAUGAUGGUUCAGUUUCAGACACAGAUGAAGAUUCAUGUGGCGCUUUUAACGGAAGUCAGAAAUCUGCAUGUAUAUCCCUCAACGUCCAGCCAUCAAUUCUGUCCACUACAAGGGAAAAGUCGUCAAGUGCUCUCUGUCUAGAUAAAUCUAGCAGCUUAGUGACUCAUACGCCAACACCCACACAAGACAUGGUCUCCAGUUUGAGUACCACAGAACAGAGGAAUGACAUGUCAGCCUUGCCUGACGUCACUUCCGGCAUGUCAGGAAUGUCUAUAGACGAAGAGAAUUACUGCCAGAGUUCGAUUUCCAAGUCGCGGUCAGAAAAUAUCCUGCGCUCAGAACAAAGUAACCUCGUAAAACAAGCCCCCGGAAAGCCUUCAGAAAAAUCCGAUUCUAUCUAUUACACGUCGCAGCAUUCCCAAGAAGUUACGCCUACCGGAUCAUCCCCGAAAAUGAGACUAAACGACCCAGCAUUAAGGUUGUCUUUUGAUGCGAGCAAAUAUAAAGGCUUGAAAGUAAACCAACAGGGGAAGGACGAUAGAAGUAGUAUUUCUUUGGAUUUCUGCGAUUCGAAUGAAACGAGCGCAGAUUUUCUGACGCCAAUCAACGAAAUGCCGCCAUCUGGUUGUGAGAUUGAAGAUCUGCCGAAACAUAACGGCAAUGAAAGCUUAGAUAGUUUAAGCAAUGAUAUAGAUUUGGAGACACAGACUGAAUCAGCUCCUAGAAAGAAAUUUGACGACGAACCACCCGAAACGCCAUGCGUAGCGAAGCGAAUGGUGCGCAGUCACGUAACCACGUCCACGCCUACACACUCGCGAAACAGCAAGCUGGACUACGAGACGGUGGACUACCGGCACAAGGACGGCACCUACCGUGGUGUUGUGGUGCACAAGGAUGGCACUGAACUGCACGUGGUGUACACGGUGUCGAGUAUGCAGUUGGCGAGUGGGCGAAGCGUGCGCUGCGUGUGGCUGGGCGUGCGCCGCGAGGACGCGCCGCGCCACGCCACGCUCGCCUCCAGCCUCGCCUCCACCGCGGACAACUCGCUCGUGCUGGGUAAUAAAUCGGUGAGCAGUAGACCCCAAUCAAUGUCUUUGAUGAGCCAGUGCGGCGAGGAACAGAUAGCUGGAGAGUACAGCAAACACUACGUUACUCUUAAGCAAAUUGGUAAAGGUGCUUAUGGUUGUGUUAAAAUGGCAUACAGAAGAUCGGAUCGCUUGCUCACAGUAGCUAAGUUUAUUCUCAAAGAAAAGGUCGGCGCACAGUUCUGGGUAGACGGACCGGAAGGCAAGAAAGUGCCGCUCGAAUUGAGUUUGUUGAUGACACUCAAACAUCCCAAUAUUGUAAGCGUAUUGGACGUGUACGAGAACGACAAGUACUUCCAAAUGGUGAUGGAGAAGCACGGCGCCGGUAUGGAUCUGUUCGAGUUUAUCGAGAGGAGACCGCGCUUGGACGAACCGCUGCUCAGUUAUAUAUUUAGACAGAUCGGCCAAGCGGUAGAAUACUUACACUCGCUGAACAUCUUACACAGAGAUAUCAAAGACGAGAACAUUAUAAUAGACAACAAAUUCCACGUAAAACUCAUAGACUUUGGUUCAGCGACGUUCAUGAGCAAAGACACGCUGUUUUCUACGUUCUAUGGUACCACAGAGUAUUGCAGUCCUGAAGUUUUGGCGGGGAAUAAAUAUGCAGGUCCCGAGUUGGAGAUGUGGUCAAUGGGAAUAACACUGUACGUGCUGACAUUCUUCGUUAACCCGUUUUCCGACAUCGAGGACACUAUACAGGGGCCGCUGUCGUUUCCACAACUUGUAUCUGAAGAGCUAGAACAACUCCUCCGCUGGAUGCUAUGCAAGGAGCCAUCGCAACGUUGUACAGUCGCUCAACUAAUGGCCCACGCGUGGAUUCGGCAACCCGUAGCCAUCGCGCACUAUGUGUUCCACGAGAUUGUUGAUUGCGAUGGCCACGAAGCUAACCCGGAAAUGUACUUCAGCGGUAGUCUGGGAUCACCGAGGAGCGGUUCUCCAAUAUCACUGGCAGCUAAAGAGCGUUCGCAAGCGUCGUCCGUAGCGGCGGUGUCGGGCAGCCGGCGCGUGUCGGUGCGCCGCUCGCACGCGCCGCCCGCAGACCGCGACCCGCACUCCGACAACUAUAGCCUGCGCUCUUCUGCUGACAUCCUCGACAUAUCCUCGAAGCCGGUAUCUGACGCAGCACUAACCGACAUCAGUUCAGACGCCACCGGUCAUGCGGCGUGUGAUAUCGACUACGAUUGCGACCACUAUGACUGUGAUAGCUGGGACGAGUGCGAGCAGGAUAGCUUCUCGUAGUCGAUAUGUCGACUUCGACUACGGUAGUGGGGACGAGUCCAGGUCUCGACUACAACUACAACAACAACGGCUAGGACUACGAUAGUUGGGACGAGUGCGAGCAGGAUAGCUUCUCGUAGUCGAAAUCUCGACUGUACUUCGAUUACGUAGACGUAACAACGAAUGAACGUAAUCGAUAAACCAGCGAUGGCUAGAUGCCGAAUCGACUGGACUUACUCCACUACGUGUUGUAGGGGCGGGGGGUUGAUGUACUUAAAAAUGUCUGAUACCAUUGGCACUUAUUUUCCAUAGAAAGAAAGAUUAUACAAAGAUCUUAAUGAGAAAAAAAGACAUAAAGAGGAGGAAAAUAUAGUGAGUCUGUGCUAAUACAAUGAUUCCAAAAGUAAAGAAAAAAAUCAGAAAUUUAACAUAUUAAGUCUAACAUAAGGGGAUCCCUUGUUAUCAGUAUAAUGGUAUGAAACGAGGUACAAUGCACUAUCCACAGUGCAGUAUAUUACAGCUUGCAAAUACGUCAAUAAGGGUGCUUUUCCACUAGAGAAAAGAGAACCAAUCAUAUCGCUUCAUUUUGCGUCUGAAGUGAUACUAUUGGUUCUUUACAAACACAUCCAUCGUUACGCAUCUUCGCCGAUCUUUGGUGGAAACGCAGCUUAAGAGUAUAAAGAACACUUUGUUACCUGACUAGGAAAUGACUUAGUUCUAAGUUUCAAAAUUGUUGACGCAACCAAUAAGUACGAUAAUAGAUAAUUAAUUAAAAUAAAAUGCUUUUUUACUAUUGCACAUAAAGGUAAUUAAAUUUUUUCAAUAACAGCGAAACAGUAGAAUAUUAAAAAUUUACUUGUUACACUUUACAUUCAAAAUCUUAUAGAUAACAGAUAACACGUGAUAUAGUUGAUUUCUUAUUAUACUGAAUUAAGAACGUUAUUUAAAUAAGUACUUAUGAUUAAACAAUUUUUGGAAUCACGUUAAAUUUUAAUAGAUGCAAAAAGUAGCUUUUUUCAUACAAUCACAAUGAUCUCACAAGGCUCAAGAAUACAUUUAAAUUCCUUAUACAUAUUAAGUGCGUAACAGGCUUUUCAAAAUGUGAUAUAAAUUCUUAUGUGCUUUUAGCUUUACAGUCUUAGGAAAUAAUAAUAAUUUGUAAGCGAGGAAGGAAGGUGUGGAACCUGAAAUGAUCCGCCUUAUUUAUUUUUUAGUUGUUUAAAAAUUCACUUAAUUCCUAAAAAUGCUGUGAAUUGGGCACCAAGUUACUAUUAUUGUGUAUUGAUUAUUUUAAAAACCCUAAAAUGGUACAUUAUUUGAACCUCUCGUAACCUUUAUUGCAUGUCAUAAUACUUUCAAUAUAUUUUAUCUGGACUCUGGACAGUUCCAGUCAUUAAUGAGACAAGUUAAUUAACUAAUCCAAGAAUUGCUUUAAUAUUUAGGGCUGAUUUUUCAAUCGUUGGUUAAAAGUUAUUCAUCGAAUAACGUAUUAAACUACCAUUUCAAAAAUGUAUUCUAAUUGUCCGUAUUUGACAGUUUACAGGUGAUAUUUUAAAAUGUUCGUGUAAUACUUUAUUGGGCGGAUAAAUUUUAACCAAGGAUUGAAAAAUCGGCCUUUAAUAAAAUAACUAUUGGGAUAACUAUCCCUUGUUUAAAACGCUGAAAAACAUGUGCCAAUCAUCACUAUUUAUUGCACAAUCCUUUGAGCUAAAUGCCAAUGUGAAGUUGUUUACUGCUUCGUGAUAAUCUUAAUUGUUAUACACACAUUAUUUAAGAUAAGGUUAUUGACCGAUGUAGCGGAAAGUGGGGUAAUAAUAAUAUUAGUAGACGAUUCUUUUCUUAUGAUAAUUAGGAAUUCAGUAUUAAAACAAUAGUAUUUUCCUAUGUGCUUAAAUAUUGAGUAGUGUUUAAAAAAAAGAACCAAAUUUUCAAAUGCGUAGUUGCAUUGUAUAUAAUAUCAUAAAAUUGUUCGUAACAUAUCUGCUCUGGGUAUUUACAGAAUAUUGACAGUAGUUUAUUGAUUAGAAAUAUUUUUUCUUAGUGUCGUCUAAUUUGUUCUGUAUAAAUAUACCAACGCAUAUACAAAGGGCUUAGUACAAUACUUCAGUAGGGCGAGCACGAAAACUAUCGAAAACGUAUUCUUAUUUAUCAUCGUCAUUGAGAGGUAUGGAAAUUGAGAAGCACCUCUGUCGUACGUAAAAGAACAUGAUCAUCUUCCUGUCUAAAAGCUUCGAUACGAUUUCACCUACGAAUUCGAAUGUGAUUCGUGCUUGCUCUAUACUCUAUAGUUAUAUAGUAACAAAA